UUGAAACUAAUGAAAAAUUUGUAUACAUUCUGACCUGAGCUGUAAACUUGGAGAGACUACUCUCCAUAUUUCUUCUUAUACGUCCUUUUACCAUGUAAAUAAUGGAUAGUGCAUACAGUCCUAUGUUAUUUCAGCAUUUGGUGAUGGCUUUGGUCUUAGUGCGCUUUUACUCUAGUUCCAAUAUUAACUUAUUGGCUGCUAGUUAUCACUUAGAGCCUAGAGUGGUAUUUGUCAUAUGGGUACAGGGGUCUGUUUUGGCUAUUUUUUUUGCUGGUUUUCCCAUUUGAUAGGAAAAUGAAAUGUAACUACAAAGAGGAAUAAAACAGUAAAAUGCCUAGCCAGGUUGCUUUAUGUGCAGUAGGACAGCCACAAAGAGAACAAGAUGAUCUUUUUUGGUAGUUGAUAGGCAUCAUUUGAAGUACAGGAGAUUUAGAUCAAGAUUUAAAUGCAGUAGAAAGCAGAAAAAUUUUGUCUUAAAUGCAAGAGCCUGCUGGUGAAAUGUACUCCAAAUUGAAUUUAACUCAUGCAGGAAAAUGGCAAAAGGCCUUACUUAUGUGAAUAGGUCCUUAAUGUGAGAGAAGGGAUAAUCAUGAUUUUCUUGAUGGGAACUUCUUUCACCUCAAGUGAACUACAAAAAGGUCAACUACAGACUGGAUUAACUAGGAAUAGGUGAAUAGCAUGACAACAAAGCCCAAUACUAGAAGUUCAACAAUUAAGAAAGAUGUUUACGUACAGGCUGUAAGUUUUCGAACAUGAAAGAAUAGAAGAUUUUUAAUUCCUCUUCCACUUAGUUUAAGACAUGUAAGCUAAGUACCCCUAUGGAAAGGACUGGCAAGUUAUGUGGACCCAUGGGAAGAUAUCUGUACAGAGGAACAUUUGGUACCCGGCUCAUCUGUUUUAUAACUGCUACUUUCAUUGCCUAAUUCCAUAAUGACAUUUCUUUUCUCUGCAUCAGGUUAUACAGGUGCAGUAAAAAAAUAAAUUACAGAAAUUGGUAAAAGAUAUGAAUUUUCUAGAGUAUGAUGUAUCUGCUGAUCUGCAUCAUGUUCUCCUUGUCCUUACUGGCAAGGUACCUUUGCAGUUCUCAAGUGAACUAAAUUCCUUUUCUUCAUUAAUUGGCAUCCUGCAGCUAUGAAAACAAGAUGUUUUUAAAUUUUGCCUGGGAGUUUUUAAUUAAUAUUAAUUAUAUGAAAAUGCAGGAUAUGGGACAAUAUUUAAAAGACAGAUUUGGGUUAAUUUAGGACAAGAAAGAGACAUUCUAGGGGGUAGGUACAAUUCUGUUGUACUUCCAGGUUUAGGGAUCAGUGGCAAUUCAGUCUCCAUUGCAUAUAUUUGGAAUGAUUAUGUAAGUCUACCUUGAGAUCAUAUCCAAAACCCACUGUGGUAUGUUCUGUGACCAUUUCAUUUGGAGCUGGACUAAGAGCAAUGAUAUAUUACUCCCCCAGUGCGUUAGCCAGUAGUUGAAAAAGAUUUGGAGUAAUAUUUUGCAGAUGUGAAUGGUUGUGUUCUUUCAGCUGAAUUUUUUUAGAAAUACUAUUCCUAAUUGCCAUGUCAGUCACUCUCUCAAGAGUCUAGCUCUGAAAUGUAAUUUAGAUUAAUUUUUACAUUAUUUUGCCCAGAAAAUCUCUAAUACUGUUGUUAGAAAUUUAUAAAGCUCUUUAUAAACUUAUGUUGUUUGUGUUCAGAGACCACUACACGUCAUUCAGCUGGGAUGUAUACAGACCUCAAAACUCUUUGCAGCUCAUAACAGCAAGAACAACCACAAUAUGGGGAGUUUCCUGGGAAUUCAUCUCCAAUGGGGGUCCAUUCAGUAAGAUGCAAAGCAGCUUCAUUUUCCUGUGACCAUCAGACCUUAACAGCAGCUUGGAUCCAUCUCUGACCAAGUGAGGAUCAGCUGCACUCUACAUGCAAAAGAGACCAGAUGCUCACACAACUAGAAAACUAUAUUAACAUAAGCUGGCCUGAGCAAUCAUGUUGUCUUACUCAUCCUACACGCUCACAGCAGUGGCUGCUUUGCUAGUGACUUGCUGUGCACUGCCUGAAUGUCCAGGAAUACCUGAGCCACCUGGUACCCCUGGACUGCCUGGAAAAGAUGGUCUGAAAGGACAGGAACGCCUAACAGGUCUCACAAGACCCUCUGGAAACUUCCUGGGGCCUCUUAGAAGAGAUCGUCUUCCUUGGUCGCAAGGUGUACCUGUUUCGCUGGAUUCUGAACUCCACAAUGUUCUAGUAAAUUUGAAACCCCGACUUUGCAGACUUGAAGGCGUGCUUGCUUUGAAUGAGAAAAUAAAAGUAGGAGGAGAGAAAAUAUUUGCCAGCAAUGGGAAGGAAGUGGAUUUUGCAUCUGCACUAAAAUCCUGUGAAGAGGCUGGAGGAACUCUUGCAACUCCCAUGAAUGAGGAGGAGAAUAAAGCUAUUAUGGGUAUUGUGAAACAGUAUAACCGAUAUGCUUACUUGGGCUUUACAGAGAGUCGGGUUUCAGGUCAAUUUCAGUAUCUAAAUGGCGUGCCUCUGAAUUACACCAAGUGGCACAAUUAUGAGCCUAAUGGCAAAGGGACAGAAAAAUGUGUGGAGAUGUACACUGAUGGGAGCUGGAAUGACAAAAAAUGCAACAUGCGUCGCCUCACAAUCUGUGAAUUUUAAAGAGUGGCCUUUCAGCCACCUGAGAGUAUGGAGGCAAUGAAAUAUCCUAUGUCUCAGGUUUAUGCAAUAUCUGCAAUUAUUCUAUGUCGGGAAAUCUAAAAUUAAUCAUAGUACGGUAUUUUUUAUCCAUAAGAAAAUGCCAAAUAUAGUAAGUGAUUAACUUAAAUAAAAUUUGCCUAAUCUGAUGUGUUUGUUUCUUCUGGGGAGUUAGGAACUGCUCAAUUAAUUUUUUGUGGCAGAUUGUCUCUCUGCUUUUGUGAAAAUUAGAAGACAAUUCCAAGGUUUGACUUAGGUUGU